AUAUAAGUAUCCAACUGAGUUGUUUCAGCAAUAGUGACGUUGUUAACCUAUAACAGGUCAGAAAAAAUUUCACUAUCCGCUCGUUCUAAUGAAUAUAAGUGUUUUGUCUGUGUAGUUGAUGUAGAACACGAGACUGUACUCUGCUUAUUAAAAGUGUGGCUCUUUUAAUCCUCCAUAAUAAUAAUCCUCCUUUUUUCCAUUUUAAACAUACUACGUUCUCUGUAUAUAUAUGUGUGUGUGUGUGUGUUUAUUUUAUGUUUUGUUAUAAAUUAUAACAUUGGUGUGGUAGUGCUUGAAUGUGCUUUGUUUGAAUGCGUUUCCAGGUGGUAGCACCAUCAGUAAGAAGGGUUUCCGAGUGUAUGGGUUGGCAGUGUAACCCGUGUACAACUCAUACUUACCUGGCAGGGGAGAUACCAUGAUCAAGAAGGUGGUUCACCCAGGGCGAGGCUUAGCCAUUGCACUCCGGCUGUGCUGACCCCUGCGAAUUCCCCAAAUGUGGGAAUCUCGACUGCAUAAUUUCUGGUAGUGGGGGACUGCGUUCGCGCUCUCCCCUGAUUUAUUUGUAAAAAACAAUGAAUAUUCCAAACUGUGUGUUUCGGGCGGUUACCACCCAGAAUCACUAUUAAUGUUGGGCCUUCCUACAGCUAGUAUUUUAACUGGGGAGGUUUGAGUUUACCGAUGUAAGGAAUUCAUGUUCGACUAAUUUAAGUAAAUUGUUUGUAACUAAAUAUUUAUCAUUUCGUGUUGACCAAUCUGCUAAAAAAAUAAUGUUUUGGGUCAGAGCUUAUCGAUAUUUUCUUAUUUAAGUAAAAAAAUGUGUGUUGUCUAAAUGCAUCCCGUGGCUGUGAUCCACAUGGCUAACGCAACUGUGAAGAUAAUUUCAACAAAUGGCGGGUAUUGAACACGGCAACAAAGAAGAAUUGCCUCUGUGCCCAUUCAGAUGACGUGGUUGGAGCCACACAAGGAAGGGUAACAGCAGCGGUCUGGUUCUCAGGGUGAGACUGGUGCGAAGUUGCACGUGGUCCUCUAAGCACCAGAACAUGGUCUGUGACAAUAUCUAGGGGAGAGAACCGAAGCAUGAUUUGGUAAGGUUUUACCGUGCUUUUGUACAAAGACGUUUUAAUGGGGGGAAAAAUAAAUAAAACAUUUCAUAUUAUUCUAUUGUCACUUUGUAACUCUGUAAAUCUAAUACUUUUUCUAAUAAAAAUACAAUGUUGUGUAAUAAAGUGACGUUUUUUCUCGUGGCGUUGCGACUUUAUCAUAAUUGUACCAUUCUCAUUAUUUUAUUUUCAAUGUACAGUAUUCCCCAUAUUCCGUCACAAACCUUUUCCAAAGUCGCUUAAUAUAAACUGACUUGGCAACCGGGGUGGCUGUUCCUGUGGCUCGAGGUUUUGAAAAAUGAUUAAUGAUUAAUACUACAAAAAGACUGCGUCUUUGUCGUCAUUAUGCAAAAAUGUUUCUUAUUGAAGCGGUUACGUACUUAUUGUAUUAUUUUUAAUUGCAAUUGUUACAUAAUAAUUAAUUUCGUAUGUGUAUGUUUUAUAGCCAGAAAGUUAAAUACUGUAGUUGCAGGAUACUUUAAGUCAAACAUGGCAACCCAAAAGCAAAACAGGAAAUGUUGUCUGGCGGGAGAUUAUGAAACCAAAGAAGGCGGAUGCUGUAGCCAGUGUUUUUACAAAGAAACUAACGCAGUAUACGGACUACAUUUUACCAAAACAUACGACUACAUAAAUCAAAGUUUGUGCACUCGGCUGGUCUUGUAAAUACAGGAACAGUUUUGCUGAAGCUGACAACUUAGCAUUACUUCCGUCGUGUCCAUUUGUUGCUGUGUUAGCAGCCAGAACAUGAAGGCUGUCGUUGACAAAAUCCUAUCCCUGUCAGACGAAGACAACAUCACUGAGUUAGAGAAAUACUUGUCCACCAUCAAGGAUGACCAGUUAAUCAGCGUUAUUACCACCAGUGCGUUAAAGGGAAAGAAGAUAUGUGCUAUAAUUAAAGGCAUAUUUCAAGGGUCACCGACAGGUUCCACCGAAGGAUCGAAACAUAGACUUCUUGUUUAUCAACACUGCAUCCCCCUGUGUGAGUCUGGGGACCUCCAGGCCGAUGUGGCAGCUGACAUCAUUGGACUUCUGAUGCUUGAGACUCACACACUACCUCCACUGUCUCUCGUACAACUGGCAUCUCUCUUUGUAGAAGCCAUUAAGGUGGGCAAAAUGGGAAGUGGCAAAUCCCUGGAACUGUUUCCUACGAUACUUACUGCUCUGGCAGCAUGUGAGGCCUUGUCUUACGGCAAAGGAGAACUCAGUGGUGAGGAGUACAAAAAGCAGCUAAUAAACAGUCUUUGCUCAAGCAGAUGGGACCCCCAAUGUGUUAUCCACCUUACAACCAUGUUCCGAGAUGUGCCCCUGUCGUCAGAGGAGCUGCAGUUCCUGGUAGAAAAAGUGUUCAGGAUGUUUAACAAGCUGGAUCUGCAAGAAAUCCCCCCUCUGGUUUACCAGCUGCUCCUUCUGUCGUCAAAGGGUUGUAAGAAACAGAUCCUCGAUGGAAUCAUUGAUUAUUUCAAAGAGAAAGACACUCUCUUGGAAGAGGAGAAGAAAGAUGGCAACACCCUAGACUUAGAGGUACAGUCUAUACCACAGGACCAGUUGAGACAUGUAGAGGGCACCACUAUCCUCCAUGUUGUCUUUGCGAUACGACUGGACCACGAACUUGGACGAGAAUUUCUUAAAAUCUUUAAGAUGUCAUACGACGACCUUUGCCCUUUCAGUAUUGCCUUGUUGCUCUCAGUGGCACGUAUCCAGCGCUAUGAGGAGCAGGUGUUUGACCUUUUAAAGGGGGCUAUUAUUAAGAGCUUCAAGGAUGACCAGCUGCAGCAGGGGUCCAAGUUCCUGCAGGAUGUUCUGCCAAAACAUUGCAGAAUUGAUCGCAUGAUACUAGACACAGUCAAAAACAGUGUUUUUGGUUGGGACCAUGUGACACAGGGGCUUGUUCAGCUGGGUUUCUUCCUCAUGGACACAUUUGGGCCCAAACCUGGACCAUUUGGGAAGACGACAGAUUCAGGUUCUGCUGCUGUGGCCAGAACACCGGCUCAGCAGUCAUGUAAGCUGGGCUGUCGGGUGCUUCUCCAUGGUUUUAAGAUUCAUGAAACAAUCCGAGGUGAGAUACUGGAGCAGGUCUUAAAUCGACUGGUCACGCAGACAGCAUCACCUGUUAACCACUAUUCAGACCUAUUUGCUGACAUUGUGACCUCCGCACCCAUGAUCCUCCUGGAGUCAUCUUCUAAGGUCACAGAGACAUUUGACCAUCUUUCAUACCUGCCCUUAGCUACUGUCCAGGGUCUACUCAAAGCUAUACAGCCUCUACUUAAGAUCAGUAUGUCCUUGAAGGAUGCUUUGAUCCUUGUUCUUCGCAAGGCAAUGUUUUCCAGCCAACUGGACGGAAGAAAAUCUGCAGUGACUGGCUUCUUGUUGCUGCUGAAGAAUUUUAAAGUGUUGGGCAGUUUAGCAUCAAGCCAGUGCAGUCAAGCCAUCUCCUCCAGCCAGAUCCAAGUGGAAGUUCAUGCACGUUACAACUCUGCUGCCAAUGAAGCGUUUUGUCUGGAGAUCCUCAGCAGCCUGCGCCGCUGCCUGGGCCAACAGGCUGACGUCCGCCUUAUGCUUUAUGAGGGGUUCUACGAUGUUCUCCGACGCAACUCUCAGCUUGCCAGCUCCAUCAUGCAAACCCUCUUCUCACAGCUGAGACGCUACUACGAGUCUGAACAGGACCUUUUGCCCCCGGUGAAACUGGAACCAUGCAUCACAGCGCACGGAGACCAAGUCUACCUCCAGGAGCCACUGGGCCAUCUUCUGAGCUGCACAGUUCAUUGCCUCCUGUGGCUGCAAAACAUGCGACAAGCAGCCAAACGUAACGUUGAUGACAGUGACGACGACGAAGACGACAAUGAUGAAGAGGAGGAAGGAUACCAGUCUGAACUGCAGACAAUCCUGGAGAGCAUGACCAGGCGCAUGAUAAAGUGUGAAAUGGAGGACUUUGAACUGGACAAGUCAGCAGAGUUCUCCCUGGGAUCCAGUGUUGGUGUGAAGAAUAACAUCUACGCAGUGUUAGUCAUGGGAGUGUACGAAGUUCUCAUAGAGUACAACUUUGUCAAAGCCAACUACAGUAAAAGUAGAUUUGAUGAGCUCAUAGAACUCUUUAACCGCUACCACAAGUUGUCUGAGAUUUUGAAGGAAAAGUCGGGAAAAGGCCGGGCGGCGUCGCACAAGACACCUCGCAGUUUACUGUCUUUUGGAUUUGUGUCAACUCUUCUCACCGUGCUCUUCAGAGACAGUACUCAGAGCAGAGAGGAGGCUCUCUCUGUGCUGCGCUCUAGUGGAGAAUUUGUGCGUUACGCAGUAAGUGUAGCUGUACAGAAGAUCCAGCAGCUGGAGGAAACCGGACACACAGAUGGUCCAGAUGGACAGAACGCAGAGAAGACUUUCACUUUCCUCUGUGACACGACCAGUGUGUUGAUGUGGCGUUACACCAACAUCCCCAGUGCAGUGGAGGAGGCAGCCAGGAAGGAGAAGCGUUCCAGUUUGUCCCUGAUGUGCCUGGAAGGGCUGCUAAAGAUCUUCACCACUUGUCAACAGCGCUGUCCACACAAGAUGGCCCAGCUCCUCGCCACCAUGGAUUUUGCAGAGAACCAGGCAGUGGAAGAUGAAGAGAGUGACCCUGAGAUGACCUUCUUUUACAUUCGACAGUUUCAGAGGUCACUGUUCACUCGGUUAAGUGGAGCCGAAGAGGAAAUCAACAGUAAAGAAGCCCAGCUGCUGGUCAGCAUCUUGACUGUGCUUUCACAGCAGCUAAAACCUUCUACUAAACAGUUUCUCCAGAUGAUGACAUGGACACUAAAAAUUGCAAGGGAAACUAGUUUGGAGGAUUCUGCGUUUUGCAAGGGCCUGCUCUCUCUUCUCUUUAACCUUCAUGUUCUCCACCAGAGUCCUCUCAGCCUGAUGCUGGAGCUCUGUCAGGAGAUCCACGGUCAGCUGGGGGAUAUUGAUGAGGAAAUGGAGGUGGAAAAACAGUCUCAGUUUGCCAUUGUCAACACAAAGACAAUCACAGCAACAAUACUGUUGGUCCUGUCCCGGGUUGGAAAAGUACUUGAUGAAGUGGAGUGGCUCAUUUCCACAAGGAAAAAUCAGACAGCAUCUGCCAAAUCUGGCUGCGAAGAAGCCACACAGACGGCAGGUCAGCAGGAUCCCAUCGAGAAAGCCGUGACGAUACAGCUUGGAAAGCUUUUGACUGCGUUACAUGAGUUGGUCCAGACCUCUCUGCCCUCUGGUCCCUGUACUGUGACACUACUGAAAGAACUGAGUCGCACGUACGCCAUCCUGACCACACUAGUCAAAUACUACAUACAGGUCUGUGGUACUCAGUCUGGUUCACUGCAUCCUCGCUUUGAGAAGCUGGUCAAACUGUCUGGCUCACAUCUGACCCCACAGUGCUACGCCUUCAUCACAUAUGCACAGUGCGGUGAACUUCAGGGUGUCGAUGACAAGAAGAAAAAGAAGAAAACUGACACGAACCUCGUUGCUUCUGCAAAACUUCUGAAGGAGACCAAGGGCAUCCCAGAACUGAUUUUUAGCAUUGAACAGUAUGAGAAAUAUUUAAUCACACUCACAAAGAAAUCAAAGGUAAAUCUGAUGCAAUACAUGAAGCUCAGCACAUCCAGAGAUUUUCGCAUCAGAGGUGACACGCUGGAAGCAGUCCUCCAGGAACAGGAAGGAACCCAGCAGACCCAAGAGACACAAAACGCUCAAGAGACACAAGAACCCAAACAGAAGAAACGAAAACAGUGAGCUGACGUGGAACUCCUUGCCAGUUUUUGUGACGCACACAGGUCACAUUAUUUUUUCAUACUGCCUUUGCUAAUGUUAACGAUUUAAUAGGAAUCCAAAGUUUCACCUGGGAAGAAAGAAAUGGUUAUUUUGCUGUUAUGUAAAAAAAAAGUACAAGAAAAAGCUCAUUUUUAAUUUUAAUACAAUCUACUGUUAAAACUGUUUGUGUAUAAAAAUGUUGGCCCUGUUUUCUCAGUAUUUUGUAACACUAAGUACAGCAGUUGUAUGUAUUUUGCUUUACUGGGACAGUUUUGUACUGUAUAUAUGUAUACAUAUGUGUGUAUACACAUAUAUGUAUAUGUGUGUGUAUGUAUAUUUAUAAUAUAUAUACAUACUGUAUAUAUUAUAUAAUAUAUAUACCAGGGCUAUCAAAAUAAAUAUGUCAAAUAAAAUGAAGCCAAUAAAACCUUUGAAUCCCUUUUAAUACAAGGCCAGAAUGACAUGCACUGUAUAACCAAUAAUCUAACUGUCCAUCCAUUUAUAACAAUUACAACAGAUCAUACCAGACAGUGUAAUGU